AUGACGAAAGCCUCAUUUAUAAUUUUCACACUAUUUACCUUGGCUUCUAUUUCACUUCAAGAUAAUCUCCAACUUGGUCUUACAGAUCAUUUCAAGAAAUGGCUUAAGGAUAAUAAACUGGACACUGAUUUUGACUUCAACAGAGGUGAAUUGGCCGGUGGGUCUUAUGGGGGCAAGUAAUCUGACACAGAUGUGAUAAAAAAUAUUCCAUUGAUAUUUAUCCAUGGCAAUUCAGAUGUGGCUGCAGGUACCAAUGAUACUUAGAUAGGAUUCACUCAGACUAUUUAAUAUAUGCUCACUAAUGGCUAUACGCAAUAGGAGUUGUAUGCCACUACAUGGGGCAAAGGCAACCUAUCCUGGCUUGAAGUGGAAGUUCAUAAUUAGUAAAAAGUCAUGCUUGUGAGGAAGUUCAUUGAAGCUGUGCUUGCUUACACUGGAUCUAGUAAGGUAAAUCUAGUUGCACAUUCAAUGGGAGUGACACUAGCAAGAAGAGCUAUCAAAGGUGGUAAAUUUGAUGACGGAGCUGAAACGUAUGACAUCGGCGUUGCUUUAACUGAUAAGAUCGAUACUUUUAUCUCUAUGUCUGGGUCAAAUUAUGGCAUUCCAGAUUGCGCAAAUCAAGCUCAUUACAAGUUGUACUGCAGCUACUACAACGGAUACUGGGCAGGGCCUCCUGAAUCAGUGUUCUUAAAAGCUCUGAAUGAUGACACAACUAGAGAAGCAGCACAUAUCUUUGCCUUAUCAUCAUUGAAGGAUGAGUUUAACUUUGGCACUGGCGAUGGCAGUAUUGAUUUUGGCAUGAAAACUGGAGCUUUUCCUACUGUUGAUGAAUCACAUACAUUUUCAACACAGCAAUUCUCAUAUCUAUGCAUGAGAGAUGUAACUGCACCUCUAAUUAAGCACUUGAUUGAUAGUCACACAAUGAAGGAUUUCAAUUUCGACUCUCUGUUUUAAUAAGGGAUUAAAUGCUUGUGGCCAUCCAAUUAUUGA